AUGCUACCCAGUGGGACACAGGAAGCAAGGAAGAAAACGGAGAAAAAGAAGAGGCUACAGGAAGAAGGGAAUAUCCAGAGCCUCACCAGAGCCGGCCACAGGGCCUUGCGUGCUGCUCAGCAUCAGGAGGCCCUGAGCAGCUUCCAGAAGGCCUUCCUGCUGGCCUCCAAGGCCCCAUCAACCAGAGACAGCCCCGUUCUUCAAGCCUGUGCCUUUAACCUAGGGGCUGCCUAUGUGGAGACUGGAGACCCAGCCACAGGUCUUGAGCUACUUCUGAGAGCCCACCCUGAAGAGAAGUCUGAAGGCUGGUGUCGUGGUGACUGGUGUUUCAAUGUGGCUUUAGCCUAUCAUGCCCUUGGUGACCUGACUCUAGCUUUGGACUGGUACCACAGGGCUCUGGUCCAUCACCAGCCACAGGGCUACCAUGGGGAAGCACAGGCAAAAAUAGGAGCCUGCUACCAGGCCCUGGGAAGGCCUAAGCAAGCAGCCUGCAGUUUACAGGAAGCAAGCCGGGCCUAUGCCCAUGCAGGCCGGCUCUGGGACGCAGCCCUGGCUCAGGUGGCUGCCGUGAGAUGUAUGUUGAGCAGUAGGCAGUACGGACUGAGGGAUGUGCUGCAGGCUCUGGAGGAGAGUCGUCAGCUUGCUGAUGCUGCCCGGAGCACCGCCCGGGAACUGCUGGGGCCAUUCUACAAUGAUCUAGGCAUGGGUUAUUUCCAACUCCAACUGUUCCCUCUGGCAGUAGAGGCCUUCCUGCAGGCCUUAUCCCUGUGUCAACAGCCAGCAGAGCAGGCUACGGUGCUUCAAAACCUCGGAAUGACCCACAAUGUCCUUGGCAACUAUUGGGAAGCCCAGGAGUUUCACCAGAAGGCUGCCAAUCUGCAUGGUUCUGUGGGCCAGCGCUGGGAGCAGGGUCGCAGCUUUAGCGGCCUGGCGUUUUCACUGAGCCAGCUGGGGGACCACAGGACUGCCUGGGACGGCUAUUCGCAUGCCCUGCAGGCUGCCCAAGAUACGGGGGACCUGAAGGGACAAUGGCAGGCGUGUGAGGGCCUUGGGGCAGCUGCAGCCAGACUGGGGCAACAUGACCAGGCCUUGAAAUACUAUAAGGAAGCGCUGGCCCUGUGUCAGCACGAACCAGGCUCUGUACGAGAACGGCUUGUGGUCAAACUGGCAGAUGCCCUGCGGACCUGCAUGGCUCAGGAGAAGCUAGCCCAGGCUCAUUUCCUGCCCUCUGCUCCUGGAAGGCUCCAGACUUCGUGGAAGACCUCCCUAGAGGCAAAGACCUCAGCCAGGGUACAAAGUAGUGCAGAAGGAGCCUGGGGCAGUAGGUGGGAAGGUGACACACCAGAAGAAGGCCGUGAGAAGAAACAGAUGAAGGGGUUGGUGAACCUCAUCGCUGCGUUAGGACAGCAGAGACAGAACCGAACCACAGCCCAUCUUCCAUCUGGAGGCCCAAGUCCCAAUGGAGUGGCAUAUCCUGUCAUCAUAACGCCCAGCAAUCUCCAAGCCAAUAGGUCAUCCAUGUGGACCAAGGACGCCCUCGGCAGGAACCUCCCGAGGACACGCGUCCAGUCUGGCCUCUGCACCAUCAUGUGACCUAUACCUGCUGGCUACAGCGCUCCCCUCCGCAGGAACGUCCCACUAUAUGCAUUUAGGGGCUUUUGGGGAGGAGCUUCUUCAGCUGGUAUGGACGAGGUGCACCUGAACAGACAGGCCAAGGGCUCUGCUGGCUUGGCAUUGGAAGUCUCUUUGCUCCUCUCUGGGGGGACU